GAGAAAGAAAGAAAGGUCUGCUUUUCAAACUCCGCCAUGGCCAAGAAGCGAAAGAUCCGUUCUGACGAACCUGCAUCCACCGGAGCACCUUUACCGGACCAGCUCCAAACCCUAACCGAACCUGCAUCCACCGGAGCACCUUUACCGGAACAGCUCCAAACCCUAAUCGAACCUGCAUCCACCGCAGCACCUUUACUGGAACAGCUUCAAACCCUAAUCGAACCUGCAUCCACCGCAGCACCUUUACCGGAGCAGCUCCAAACCCUAACUGAACCUGCAUCCACCGCAGCACCUUUACCGGAGCAGCUCCAAACCCUAACCGAACCUGCAUCCACCGGAGCACCUUUACCGGAGAAGCUCCAGACCUUAACCGAGCCUAAACAGCCGGCACAACAGAUCGAAAUAAAGGCGCAACCACAAACGGAGCAAAAUCAUCAGACAAGGCAACCGGAAGGUGGAUUAGUUGCAGUUCAAAUAGAAGACAAAGAGAAGAAAGGCAGCGUAAAUGGAUGUAAGACAGUGAAAAUGGAUGGUGGCGAUAAGGAAUUAGAUGAAGAGCCAAUUGAGAAGAUUCUAGAAUCCCUCGGAAAGGACCAGCUGAUUGCUAUUGUCAAGGAGUCUGUCUCAAAGUUCCCGAAUGUAAUGAAGAUCGUGAAGAAAACGGUCAAUUUAGACCCUGCUCGUAGAAAGAUUUGUGUUCAUGGUCUCGUCUUGGAUAACAUGGAAACUCUAAUAGAGGUAUUUAGAAAGUACGGUGAGAUUGUGGAUUGUGAGGCUGCUUGUGACAAGGAAUCUGGAAAGUCAAUAGGGUAUGGAUUCAUUAUCUUCAAGCGCAGGAGUGCAGCCAUGAAGGCAUUGAAGCAUCCUCAGGAGAAAAUUGGUAAUCAAUUGAUCUCUUGUCAGUUGUCAUCAGAUGGAUUUGUUCCUGCUCCUGUAGGUCCACCAGCUAUUGAUAAUAUUCAGAGGAAGAUUUGCAUAUACAACGUGUCUGCUGACAUUGACCCACAAAAACUAACCGAGUUCUUUGCUAGAUAUGGGAAGAUUGAAGAGGGUCCUCUGGGAUUAGAUGAAGCUGGGAAAUUUAAAGGUUUUUGCCUUUUUGUGUACAAGACUAUGGAGGGUUAUAGAAGAGCAUUGCAGGAGCCUCAAAAGAUCUUUGAUGGGAUGAUACUGAACUGCCAGAAAUCAAUUAAACCAUAUGUUCCUGAUCAACGACAGAAUCAACAACUUCCUUCUAAACCAACCCCUGCCCACCUCAAGGCACCUUCCGCACCCGCUAUUGGAUUUAAACCACCAGCUCUGGGUCCUGCGUUUGGACAUGCAUUGGCUGCUGCUCUUCUCUCCUAGCUGGUUUUCGGGGGCAACAAUGAAUCAGGGCAUUCAGACAAUGAUGAACAAUCCUGGUUAUGUGAACUAGGUUGGAGCCAGCUAUGGUGGUAGUCAACCAGCUUACAUACAUAAACAUAGAUGCAUCAAAACUUUAGUUUUCAACUAUCUUCUCAAAUUUAGAUGGAAAUAUGUAUUUUUCUUUAAGUAUCCAUUUCUUUAUUGUUUUCAAAACAUUGUACUAGUAUUUUCAACUUAUAUUUGGGCUCUUUUUGUUUCAAAAUUUUCACUUUUAUGUUGAGUAAAAUUCUUGUUAAAAUUCA